ACCACCCAGCUGACAACAUGGGAGUCUGGGCAGCGCUUGUGUGUGGCGUGUUGGUGGCAGGGUGUGGCAGGGUGUGGUCGGGGCAGAUCCUUCGCUACACACAGUCCCAACACUCGAGGGCCGAGGAAGGAUUGCCUGGUGUCAAUGUCACGGGAAAUUGGAGCUGGGUGGACAAGGAGGGCGAGCGCCGACAGAUAUGGUACGUGGCGGACACGGGCGGGUUCCGAGCCUUCGGGGACGUGGUGCCUAGCCGCUCUCAACCUCCCACCGACCCUAUCCCCAUCGGCGUCCCUGUGGUAGUGGGCGUCCAGCUUUUCACCGAGCAAGAGACGCUAGCUAAGGGUGUCCGAGCGUUUCCAUCCGAGCAGAGGACCUUGGGAGGGGGCGUCCCAGCGCUCGGGGCAGGACAGACGGUGCCUGUAAAGGGCACUGGAUCUAACCCAGAGCCAGGGACCGCCACCCUCGCCGCCCCUGGCCAGCCAGGGGGACCUCCCUCUCAGUCUCUCUCGCAGGAAUUCAAAAGUAAUGUUGAUGGCGGACGAGAUUACGAUGUUCACUUGUCGGGGGACGUGAUCUCGCAGCCCAGGACGCUUGGUGGUUCCUCUACAGCUGCUUCUGCCACCACGUCAGAUGCUGCUGCUGCUCCUCCGAGCCUCGCACUACCAGUUUUUGCCACACAAGACGAGGUGGUAGAAGCUGUUGCUGCUCAGUCUGCAAGUUACGUGCCUCAGCGGCUCGCAUCUCGAGACAAGGAAGAUGACGCAGACUUGGUGCAGCAGCCGGAGCAUCCUGCAGCACCACAGUCUGCUGAGCCUGCUGCUGCCACGCCUCCAGGGCACAAGUUUGUGGAUGAGGUGUUCCAAAAGUUAUCCACAGUAUUUACAGAUACCGCCGCCUCUCAGCGCCGCCCCCAGACACCUCAAAGGUCCCAAGAUAUAAAAAACUUUCUGGUAGAGAUCAUGAACUCUCGUUCGGCGGAGUCCGUCACGGGGACGGACUUCGUGUUGGUGAGCCGGCUCCAGAUCCCCAACGCCCCCAAGCCCCGGGUCGGGUCUAGGCAGCUGGUGCCCCAGCCCGUGAGCGUCAAGAGCCACCAGACCCCGCCCGUCAUCAUGGGCCUCCACACGUCCGGUCGACCGGCUCGUCGUCGCCUCCACCAGGGCGCGAGGUCCCUGGCGCCGCUGGGCAUCCACCUGCUCAACCUGGUGCCCGUCCCACACAGCCGCAAGAACGUCCACUCCAACGGACCGGUGCCGCGCCCCGUGCGUGUGGUCGGGGAACCCAGCCUCGACAACUUCUACCGCCCUGCCCAGCUGGCCCGCACCACCCCCGCGCCCUUCAGGUUACCAAGCCCCAUGCGGGACUACGACUACUUGGAUUACGACUACUACGACUACGCGGACCACGAGUCGAGCAGUAAAGGCGGCCCUGGGAGCCCCUUCCACAAAUCAAAAAGUAAAUCCGUAAGCGGAAUGAGCGACGAAAAUUCGAAGGAGGGCGAUACUACCGACAGCGAGGAGAAGGAGAAUUGAGCCGAGAGGCGGAGCUGUGAGAUCAGAGACAGUAUAGUCGCUGAGAUCUGCAGCUGUUGUUAAUAUAUAGGAGGCGAGGACGACCCGUGGGCUGUACUGUAUACGCAUACGCCCGAGAUGUCGGCGUGAUAGUGUGUGUGUAGGUAAGCUGGGGUCAGCUUGAGAGGGUCGGGCGUAGCCUGGCGAGCGAGCAGGGGGACACGAAGCUUUAUGGCGCUCCUGCCUGGCGCCAACCUGAUCUCUUGACACACACAAUGCACACUAUAUAAAAAAAACUCUUGUUACCAAGCUUGUCCACGUAAAAAUAAAUAUACUCAUUUUAUCCCCCUCUGGUGGAAUAAAAUGAGCUCUUUCUAUGUAAAUAAAGUUAGACGCAUGUAACUGCGUUCUUGUAGACUAUCAGUUCCUAUGUUCACUGACAAACGCGAAGUUUUCUUGCAUCUUUCGACUGCAACAUGAACUAUUUACAACAAAAUAACGUUGGAAAUAUUAUGAAACUAGAUAAACUCUCCAAAUUCUCCAUAAUGGCCAGUGUCUGACACCAGGAGAGUCCAAGGCGUCGAGCAGCAAGGCGGGUAGGCGCUGCCCUCCAGUGUCUCACACCAGGAGAGUCCAGGGCGUCGAGCAGCAAGGCGGGUAUUCGCUGCCCUCCAGUGUCUCACACCAGGAGAGUCCAGAGCGUCGAGCAGCAAAGCGGGUAGGCGCUGCCCUCCAGUGUCUCACACCAGGAGAGUCCAGGGCGUCGAGCAGCAAGGCGGGUAGGCGCUGCCCUCCAGUGUCUCACACCAGGAGAGUCCAGGGCGUCGAGCAGCAAGGCGGGUAGGCGCUGCCCUCCAGUGUCUCACACCAGGAGAGUCCAGGGCGUCGAGCAGCAAGGCGGGUAGGCGCUGCCCUCCAGUGUCUCACACCAGGAGAGUCCAGGGAGUCGAGCAGCAAGGCGGGUAGGCGCUGCCCUCCAGUGUCUCACACCAGGAGAGUCCAGGGAGUCGAGCAGCAAGGCGGGUAGGCGCUGCCCUCCAGUGUCUCACACCAGGAGAGUCCAGGGAGUCGAGCAGCAAGGCGGGUAGGCGCUGCCCUCCAGUGUCUCACACCAGGAGAGUCCAGGGAGUCGAGCAGCAAGGCGGGUAGGCGCUGCCCUCCAAUGUCUCACACCAGGAGAGUCCAGGGAGUCGAGCAGCAAGGCGGGUAGGCGCUGCCCUCCAGUGUCUCACACCAGGAGAGUCCAGGAAGUCGAGCAGCAAGGCGGGUAGGCGCUGCCCUCCAAUGUCUCACACCAGGAGAGUCCAGGGAGUCGAGCAGCAAGGCGGGUAGGCGCUGCUGUCUGCCUCAUCUACUGUGAUUUUCUAAUGAUUUUUGCGAGUAGAAACAGUCGAAAUAGUAAUCCAUUUAUCGUAAUCAAUUGAAUAAUGACUGCGUUAAAUUAUUCAUUAGGGUUCGUAUCGGAACUGUCAAUUGCGCGUAAAAAUAAAACCGAGUCAUUAUUAUUUUUUCUCUGCCUACAAUCCGGAUAUAGUUCUGUAAUCCGGAUACGCCUAUACGGUUAUAGAUAUAGAAUACGUCACUGUAGAAAUCCUCAUCUCACACGUAUAUUAUCCCUAGUUAAUACGGAUACUAAAUUUUUUUUUUUUUAUUUGUACCUGAGGGCCGCUAACACUAUUGACCUCGACGAGGACAGGAAGCCGACGGCUUGUCGAAGGUUCCCCUAUUUGCCUUGGUGAUCUUUUCCAGUUGUACUUUAACAUUUAACAGUUUGGGCAUUUACGGCUUCGGCGGGUAGGCGGUUCCACGGGUUUAUAACCCUUUGGGUGAAAAAGGCAUCUGAUGUUCUCAGUCCUACACUGUGGCCAGGGACACGUGUUAUACGGCUGGGGCCAGAGUCACGAAGCUGUUAAUCAAGCACUUACGAAAGUGUACAUAUUUCCUUAAUC